CUGGAGUUUGCGUCAUGCUGCGGCCACCCAGCCCCAAGACCCCCUCAUACAUUGCGCGAAUUGAGAAAAUCGAAUCUGAUGCUGCGGGUCGAGUCAAGAUGUGGUGCCGCUGGUACUACCGCCCAGAAGAGUCUAUAGGUGGGCGUCGGUGCUUCCAUGGAGUUAAAGAGCUGUUUCUGUCUGAUCACUAUGAUGGCUGCUAUCCAGAGGCGGUGGAAGGCGUGUGUUCUGUGCACAACCUGAAGGAUUACGCUUACUUGGACGUGGUUGAGGAGGAGGACUUCUUCUGCCGGUUCGAGUACAAUGCGUCAACAGGAAUGUUCGCGCCAGAUACGGUUGCAGUGUACUGCAAGUGCGAGAUGCCAUACAACCCCGACAGUCUUAUGGUUCAGUGCGAAGACUGCAAAGACUG